CCUAGGGUGCGGUCGCGGGGUCAUCGAACCAUGAACCAAACACUGAACCAAAAUGGCGGACACAGAGGCAAGUUUUCGGAAGCAAGUUCGGGACGAGUUCCUGUCCUGCAGCAUAUGCCUGGAGCCUUUCCAUCACCCUAAGACGCUUCCAUGUCUCCACACGUUUUGUGAGGAUUGUCUACGUGACCACGCAGAGGUUCGCCCCGGGUUCCAGUGCCCAACAUGCCGCCGACAGGUUGUGCUGUGUCCCGAUGGGGUUGCUGGACUUCCGGAUAACCAUUUUAUUUCCAGUCUGUGUGACACGGUUCUAGAGCAAGGUACGGCUGUAUUUGAGAGUCAUUGUAGAGCUCAUCCGCCCGAAGAACUGAAACUAUUUUGUACGGACUGCGAAGCUGUUAUUUGCAGUGAGUGUUGGGACGACAAACACCCAAAUCACACGGUAACAACAGCCAGAAAGGCGGCGGAAACAAAGAAGGCUGCAUUUUCCGACAUAAUCGCCAAGGGGCGCUCUUGUCUACAAGAAGACUGCGACUCUUUGAGACAGCUUCGAACUCUAGAAGACACGAUCAACGAAAACAAGGCAAAAGUCGAGGGGGAAGUCACAGAAGCCUUCGAUGAGUUGAUCCGACAGUUAACCGAGAGAAAGGAAAACCUGCUUGAAGAGGUGAACAAAAAUCACCAACAGAAUGUAGCGGGACUUGAAGAGAAAAAGGACAAACUUCUGAAACAGGUUGCCGAGUUGUCCAGCGCUUGUGAUAAGACAGAAAACGCGAUGGAACAAGGAGGAGGAGACUUUCUCCGCCAGGGAAUUGAGUUAACCACGACUUUUGGGGAUUAUGAGGAAAACCAAACAAAACCGACUCCUCUGCAAACUCAGGUGACCUCAUUCCAACCAAAAGGCAUGAAUGUACAGAUUCAAGAAAUGGGUGAACUGAGGGUAGACUCCACAAUCACAGCCUCAGAUUCAACACAACGAAAAAAGGCCGCGGGAAUUGACACUAACAGUACGGCUUGGAGGCGAUCUUUUCUGCAGUUGAUUAUCGGGUUAUCUAUCGCUCUCGCGGUGUACAAUGUCUCAACUAUAGAUGUUUGGUUUGAGCAAGGGAAAUUUGACAACCCGAGCGGCGUGUCCAUGUUUCGGAAUGACGUGCUAUAUAUCGCAGACGAGAGUAACUAUAGAAUAAAGAAGGUUGAUCAUAAUGGACAAUAUCUUGGGCAAAUGAAAACUCUGGUUGAAGAAGAGGCCUGGGGAUGGCAUAUUGCGAUGAAGCCUUUUGCAGUAGCAUUAGGUUGGGACGAUAAUCUUUGGGUAGUAGUGCAUAAUGAAUUACCUACAGAUUUUGAUCCUGAAUUCGCCAUUGCCCGUUACAAUACCGCUGGGGAGUACUUGGGAAAAGUUGUCAGGUUCGAAAACCCCAAAGAUGUCGCUGUAGAUACCAACAGGAAGUACGUCAUUGUCAUAGACGGAAGUGACGUCAAGAUGUUCGAUCUGAAUGAUAAGGUGGUUCACUUGAUCAAGGGCGAAGACUUUGGUAUGCAAAACCCUCAGCACAUAACAGUUACUCAAGUUGGAGAUAUUUUGGUGUCUGACACGGGAAAGCAUAAGAUUUUUAUGUUUUCCGGGGAAGGACAGUUCUUGCGUUCCUUUGGAGGCGAAGGAAGCGGUGAAGGUGAGUUGAGGGGGCCCCGCGGCAUCUGCACGGAUUCCUCGGGAAAUAUCAUCGUAGCAGACGAGGAAAACAGCCGGAUCGAACUAUUUGACGGUGAAGGUCGUUUCAUACGACACGCCGUCACUGACGUGAAGAAUCCGGUAGGGGUCGCUGUUUCACAAAGCGGCCAUCUUGUUGUAACAAGAAGCGACUUUCAUGGCCCUGAAGCCGUACUCAUCUACAAUUCUUACUAA